AUGUUGUCAGCGGCGACAAGGCGGGAGGUGAUUCUGUAUAAUUGGCCGGGCCGGUCGGUCGGUCGUCGGGCCUGCCUCGCCCUCUCGUCUCCGAGGCCGGUUGUCAACUGGCACGAGAACCGAUCAACUUUGCCACUUUGCCGACGGGACUCGAACUCGCCAUCCGCGCUCUCAUCGUCGCCUCCGCACUCGUCUCCCGGCGUUUCACUUUCACCAUUCCGUUCUCAAUUCUCUCUCUCUCUCUCUCUAUCUAUCUCUCUCUCUCUCGCCGUCGGUUUGUGUCUCUUUGUCGCUUCUCUUGCCAGUCUCGAGGUUACGUCUGCCGCGGCAGUAAAAGCAGGCCGGCCGGGCAAAUGGCUCUGGGAAAGUUGGCGGAAAAGUCGACGAGGGGAGCAGAUGCGCCUCGAGACGGCGACUGAUGAAGUCCGUGGGACGGAGGAGGGGAGCAAGUUAGUAACUAGGCCGAUUGACCGGACGAGAGGGGGCGGUAGUCUGUGGUCGGCUCGAGUUGAGAAGAUAAAGUUGACGUGA